AAUAGAGCUGUUUUGCCAGAAGAUUCAAGAUUUUGGGGUCCCAGAAAACAUGUCGUUUCAGACAGACUCCUUGUAUGAGAAGACCAACCUGCCUCAGGUGGUUGCUGCCAUCAGGAACUUUGGAAUAGAGGCAGAAUCUCGGCCCGGCUAUCGUGGAACUAGAAUCUGGCCCAAGAAGUCGGAGGUGAACCUGAGGAACUUCAGUGAAGAACAGCUGAGGGCUGGAGAUGGCGUCAUCAAUCUACAGAUGGGCAGCAACAAGGGUGCUAGUCAGCGGGGCAUGACUUUCGGCAAGAAGCGCAUGAUUACAAAAGAUUAG